AUGCCUAUAGGAUAUCCAGGGGCUGAUGUCCAGCAGGUCAAAGUGAAUGGUACAAGACUGGAUCUCAGUAUCUUCAUUGCUCAAGGUUUGUUGGAGACUGAUCCACUGCAUGAACCUGAUGAAGAAACCAUCUCUCAUAUUGACCUCAGUAGUAUAUCUGAAGAAGAAAGAGAAGAGUUGAAGACUGAGCUAGUUAAGCUAGAAGACGAAAUCUCAACUUUACGACAAGUGUUAACAGCCAAAGAGAAGCAUCUGGUGGAAAUAAAACAAAAGCUCGGCAUGAAUCUGAUGAAUGAGAUAAAACAGAAUUUUAGCAAAGGCUGGCAUGAAAUGCAAACUACAACUGCCUACAAGAAAACACAUGAAACUCUGAGCCAUGCAGGGCAGAAGGCAACAGCAGCUUUCACCAAUGUUGGCACAGCCAUCAGCAAGAAGUUUGGAGACAUGAGAUCACAUUCCAUUGGUUACUCUAUCCGCCAUUCCAUAAGUAUGCCUGCUAUGAGGAAUUCUCCUACUUUCAGAUCAUUUGAGGAGAGGGUUGAGACAACUGUCACAAACCUUAAGACGAAAGUAGGAGGCAUCCCCAUCGGAGGGAAUUUUGAAGAAGUGCUCAGUUCCACAGCCCAUGCAAGUGCUCAGAGUGCUGCUGCGGCGCCUCGGGCGCCAAAGAAAGAAGGGGAGCUUCAAGGCUAA